UCUCUGUCACACUCACUCUUCUUCAGUCCUCUCUCCCUCUCUGUAAAUUUCUUACAGGGGUGUGCGUAGUUUAAGCAGAGAGGGUGCGCAGGAUCAAGUUUGCCAUCAUUUCAAGAUGAUGCUUAAUAAUAAAAUUUUAUUUCUAUCAGCUUUGCUUUGCAUUGCCGUUGCUGGGGUUUUAGGCCAAGCUCCUAGUAAUCCUCCUACAUCCACGCCGGCGCCUCCAACGCCACCAGCCUCUACUCCUCCGCCGACUACUCAACCACCGCCUACACCAACCAGCACUCCGCCACCGGCUUCUUCUCCUCCCCCUACUUCAUCACCACCUCCAGUGACGGCUUCUCCACCACCAGUUUCAACUCCUCCACCUAGCUCUCCUCCUCCAGCAACUCCCCCACCCGUUAGCUCUCCACCACCGGCUUCUCCCCCUCCCGCCACUCCUCCACCGGCUUCUCCACCACCUGCUUCUCCUCCUCCUGCUACUCCCCCACCGGCAACUCCUCCUCCAGCAACCUCACCACCAGCUCCCUUGGCUUCUCCUCCAGCCGCAGUUCCAGCUCCCGCACCUAGCAAGAAGAAAGCUAAGUCUCCAGCGCCAUCACCGCUCUCGAGCCCACCGGCUCCACCAACUGAGGCCCCUGCACCUAGCCUCGGGGCCUCUUCACCAGGCCCAGCUGGAACCGAUGUGAGUGGAGUGGAGAAAAUGUGGUCCGUACACAGGAUGGUAGGGAGCUUGGUGUCUGGAUGGGCUCUCCUCAGCUUGAUGCUUUAGACAAGAUCUGUUCGUGUCUAGCUAUGUUUCAUUCCAGUGUUUAUUUACUUUUGGCCCUUCCAUAUAGUAUUAUUGGAUGCAGUCCCUGAUGGGACUUCUUACCAUGCGUAUUUCAGCUAUAUAUAUCAUUCGGUUGUAUUCUUUGGGAGAUUUUUGAGGGGAGCUUUUUGUAUUGGAGGGGAGUUGUUUAUUUUGUAUGGGAUUUGUUGGUGGCUGCCUCCUUCUCUCAUGAUUGAUUUGUUUUUUUUAAUAGCCUCACAUUUCAUUUAUUACUACAACCAUUUUAUU